GAGUCAGGGGAGAGUGUUCGGAUGUGAUGAGUUAAAUAGGAAUUUUGCGUGUUAAGUUUUUGUGGAAGUAACCGGGAGUGUGUGCAAGUGUGUGUGAGAGUGAUUGCAGCAGUAGCGACGAGGGCAAGGGAAGGGCAAAAAGGAAAGGGGUAUGGAAAAGGGAAUAGAACGGAACCUACGAGGAUAGUGGUGCCCCACUGCCUUUCUGACACAUUCCCGUCUCCGCGGUCCUUUGGUUCAUGUUGCUGCAUGCGGGCCAGUGUUGGACUGAGCUCGACCUUGCUCUUGGUUUCGGUUUUCCGGGGGUCGACAUCGCCUUGGAGUUGAAAAUUGAAGAUGCCUCCAGUGGUCAACUUGCUAGGGUUGCGCGAGGGAGCGAGGUUUGGGACGGUUCGUUGAGAGGAAGAGAGGGAGAGAGGGAGAGAGGGAGGGAGAAAGAGCGAGAGAGAGUCAUGUGAGGAGAACGUUGGUGCGGUAGAGUGCAAUUGUUACUGCUGCUGCUGCAAUGGUUGACGAGGAUUGCAGGUGCAGUCGUGGCCAUGGAUUUGGUUGAUGAGAAGCGGUGGAGUUGGCUUGAAGGAGGAUCUAGAGUGCUUCGCGAGUGAAUGCGUUCGGGCUUUUUGAGGAGACUAAGUUGCUGCGAGCUCGAUUGAUAUUGAGACAUUCUGGCGACUAUUUCUUGUACAUAUGUUAAGGCGGAGACGGCUGAAUAUGGAAGGAUAGUGGAGUAGAGUGAGGAACUGGGAGCGAUGGAAGCGUGCAAUUGCGUAGAGCCGCAAUGGCCUCCAGACGAUCUUCUCAUGCGGUACCAGUACAUAUCGGAUUUUUUCAUCGCGUUGGCAUAUUUCUCUAUUCCGCUGGAGCUUAUUUACUUUGUGAAGAAGUCGUCUAUUUUCCCAUAUCGAUGGGUUCUUGUUCAGUUUGGAGCCUUCAUUGUGCUGUGCGGAGCAACGCAUCUAAUAUCCUUGUGGACGUUCAGUAGCCAUUCUCGAACAGUGGCCGUCGUUCUUACAAUAGCGAAGGUUCUUACUGCUGUUGUGUCGUGUGCCACAGCACUCAUGCUUGUGCACAUUAUUCCAGACCUCCUUAGUGUAAAGACUCGAGAAUUGUUCUUGAAGAAGAAGGCUGCAGAACUUGAUCGUGAAAUGGGAUUGAUACGUACACAGGAGGAAACAGGUCGUCACGUUAGGAUGCUCACUCAUGAAAUACGAAGUACCCUAGAUCGACAUACAAUUUUGAAUACCACCCUCAUAGAACUCGGAAAAACGCUUUCGCUUGAGGAGUGUACUUUAUGGAUGCCAAGCCCAGAUGGUCAAGAGCUACAACUCAAAAAUGCUCUUCGAGCUGAAUCUCUUCAUGUUACAGUCCCCAUACAUCACCCAACUAUCAAGCAAGUGUUUAGUACUCCCCGGGCAGUGGUGAUAUCUCCUAACAGCCCAGUUUGUGUUACUCGAAUUCGUGGAGCGAAGUACAUGACUGGGGAGGUCGUGGCAAUUCGAGUCCCACUUCUGCAUCUCACAAACUUCCACUUCAGUGAUUGGCCUGAUGCCGGAACACGUCCUUUUGCAUUGAUGGUGCUGAUGUUGCCUUUAAACAGUGCACGAAGGUGGCACGUUCAUGAAUUGGAGCUAGUGGAAGUUGUGGCUGAUCAGGUGGCUGUGGCUCUAUCACACGCAACAAUUCUGGAGGAAUCAAUGCUUGCUCGAGAUCUUUUGAUGGAACAAAACGUAGCAUUGGAACAUGCUAGACAGGAAGCAGAGACAGCUAUUCGAGCCCGCAACGACUUUCUGGCUGUGAUGAAUCAUGAGAUGCGCACGCCCAUGCAUGCUAUCAUUGCUCUUUCUUCUUUAUUACAAGAAACGGAGUUAACCCCUGAGCAGCGGUCUAUGGUGGAAACUGUUUUGAAAAGCAGUAACCUUUUGGCCACAUUGAUAAAUGACGUGCUUGAUCUCUCUCGGCUCGAGGAUGGAAGUCUGGAGCUCGAUAUUCAGACAUUCAACCUUCCUAAUGUCUUCAAAGAGGUUUUGAACCUUGUGAAGCCAAUAGCGUCCGUGAAAAGGUUACAAGUGAACUUGACUAUGGGGCCCGACAUCCCUGAAAUUGCAGUUGGGGAUGAUAAGCGGCUUUUACAAACUGCUCUCAAUGUUGUUGGAAAUGCGGUGAAGUUUACUAAGGAGGGCCACGUGAACGUAAUUGUAGGUCUAGAAAGACCUGAAUAUCCGCGUGACCCUCGUCAGCCAGAUUUUCGGCCUUUAUCAGGAGACAAUCAUUUUUACCUCAGAGUCCAGGUGCGGGACACAGGUUUAGGUCUCAAUCCACAAGACAUCCCUAUGCUAUUUAACAAGUUUGUACAAGCUGACUCUACCACAACUAGAAAUUACGGAGGGACAGGACUUGGGUUAGCUAUUUGUAAAAGAUUUGUUAAUCUCAUGGAUGGGCAUAUAUGGAUUGAAAGCGAAGGGGUUGGAAGGGGGUCGAUUGUGACCUUCAUUGUGAAGUUAAAUCUUCCCGAGACUUCAAGUCAUCUCUCUAUUCAUAUUGCGCCUACCUCGCAACCAAGUGGUAGUCAGUCUCGGACAGACUUUUCUGGUGUCAGAAUCUUGGUCACCGAUGACAAUGGUGUGAACAGGAUGGUAACGCGAGGCUUGCUAAUGAGACUAGGGUGUGAAGUGACUUUGGCGGCAUCUGGACGGGAAUGUCUGCAAUUAAUCCAACAGCGAAACCAGGCAUUUAACGUGCUUCUACUUGAUGUGUGCAUGCCGGAGAUGGAUGGAUAUGAAGUUGCUACUCAAAUUCAAAAAAGAUUAACACGUCGCGAUCGGCCGCUUCUUGUUGCCCUUACGGCCAACACUGAUCGUAUCACCCAUGAGAAAUGUCUUCGUCUGGGCAUGGACGGAGUGGUCACAAAGCCUAUUUCGUUAGAAAAGAUGCGAUUGGUGCUCACAGAGCUUUUGGAACGAGGCUCCAUUUCUGAACUUACUCAAAGAUUAUGAUAUUAGUUGUUGAAUUCAUAUCCCCCUAAUUUGAAAGGCAAACGAAGUUCCAUUUAUUCUGUACAUGCGAAAUGCGCCUGGGAAAUGUGUAAUUUCAUUAGCCAACACAUAUAGAAUUUACUGUCUAACAAGUCAGACAGGUUCAAGGUCUGGCCACGAGAGUUGCUCACAGCUUGCAUGGAGACAUGUGAAGAGAAAACAGGGGUAUGUAUAGUACUGAGUAUUCGAAGGUUUCACACGGUUCUGUUACCCCGCUUAGCCGUGCCGCAUUGAUCCACAUUAAAAAAACAUACAAUGCAAUCUAGUGGGACGCUUCUCUCA